UCCUCACUGCCACCGUAAAUGUUAUUUAUGAAUGCCUCGCCGCUCGUGUGCACGUACAAAUCUGUAUCGUUAUGUUUUAAAUAAUCGGACGACACCGGGCGUCGAUCGUACAGGGGGCGACGAUUUUCUCCGUGCCACGCGUGCACAGACGAUAAUUCAUUGCGGUGGCUGCUUUUUGGAUGCUGAGCUCGGCGGCGGCGGCGGCGGCGGUGGUGGCGGUGGCAGCGGCGGGUUGUAGCGGUGCGUUCGCCUCCGUAAUCACGUUGGGUCAAUACGCCGAGUAACCGAGGGGGCUGACCGAUGCACCCGGAGAGGGGGCUCUCCGACGAGGUUCUUGAGGCCACAGGUGGACUCGACUUGGUCAUGCUGUCCUUUUGAGGGUGGGCGGGGCUACCUGGCCCUUGGUGCAAGGAGGAGGAGUCUGCAGCUGUUAGCCCCUCCCCUCAAAGUGAUAAGAGACACACAAGUGGGCGUGACUCCCACCUCACUCCUCUUUCUCCCAUUCCUCCAUCCCCUCCCUCCCUCCUCCUCCUCCUCCUCCGCCACCAUGACGUGGUCGCCUUGCUGGUGGAGAACGUGAGGAAGUCUGGAAGGCGACCCUGCUCAGCCGGGGGACUCGGACUUGUCCCUGCUGGACCCGAAAAACCUCGCGGAGUGCUGGCCCCCAGAUGGCUUGAUGCCUGAGAGCAGCUACUGGCAGCUCUGCCCUCCCUCUAAGUCCAGCCUGCAGGGGGGGUUGCUGAGCUCUAGUUUCCCCCCCGGCCCCGUCCCCCUGGUGCCACCCGAUGCUCACCUUCAGGAGGGGGGCGACCCCCUGGACGACCCUCCCUCUCAGCCGCAGCAGCACCGGCCUCUGGCGCCCAGCACUUCGGCGUCCGAGCUCUCCCUCCCGGGGGCGGCCGCCCCUCCCGGCCCGGCCCCGCCGCCCCCUCCUCCCCCGCCAUCCAAACGCCACUGCCGCUCUCUGUCGGUCCCGGAGGACCUGUCGCGCUGCCGCUACACGUGGCGGCCCAGCGCUUCGCGGGUCUGGACUCCCGUCAGUCGCCAGCAAUGCCACGGAGGAGUGGGCGGCGCCGGGGUGGCGGGCGUGGCGGCGGCAGGCGGUGCCUGUCCGCUGCGCGCCCCGAGCUCCUCUCUGAACUCAUCUCUGCACUCAUCAUCCAGUCCCACCUUCUUCAGCCUGGCACUUUCUCCCGACUCGCCGCUGCCCUGGAACUUCCCCUGGGAUCCCAGCGAGGCCGCGGCGGGGGGCGGCGCCUGUUGCUGUUUCUUCCCCUCGCCGUCCUCCUGCUCCUCGUCGCCCUCGCCUCUUCACCCGCCGCCGCCUCCCCAGCGCCGUUUCUCCCUCUCGCCCGUGCUCAUCAGAGACUCGGCGGCCGCCGCCUUCCUGCCACCGCCUCCCAUUCCCAGCCAAGCGACGGCGCCUCCCUCUUCGGCGUGCAGCACGCCUUCGUCCUUGCGCCGCAGCCUGCCCCCGCAGCUACCGCGGUGCCACUCGCAGCCCUGCGACCUUCUGCUGCUCAAGCCCGGGUUGAAGAGACGCCGCGACCCCGACCGACCCUGCGCCCGCCCCGUCCUCGACUUCACCAAGAUGACUCAGACCCGCAGCAUCGACCCGCAGUAUUUGGAGCGCGGCGGCAGGCUGGCCUGCGGCGGCGACCUCUUCAUCGGCAUGGAAUCGUUCUUGGGCGACUUCCGUGGCUCCUGCUCGCCGGCCGAGUGUCUGGGCAGGUCUAGCAUCGGCCCGCUGAGCGAGAGCGACGAGGAGUGCCGCGAGGACGACGACGACGACGACGACGACGGCGAGGAAGACGAAGACGUCGAUGAGCGCGAGGCGACGCAGCAACAGCAGCAGGCCGUAUUCGAGAGGGAUUGUACAGAACUGGACUUGAAUUUAAUCGAAGAAAACUGACGCGUUUGUAAAUGGAAGGCCGACCAGGUUUAUUUUGUUUUGUUUUUAGAUUGGAUUGCUUUUAUUUUAAAUUCGAACAGUCCCGCCCACCGUGCCACCAAUCAGCGAGGCUCUCAGGAUCACCUCUCAUUGGACGAGCUGCGGUAAAUCAAAGCUGAUUGACGUCAACAGUGAUGAUGUGACUACUUGCUGGAAAGUCUCCUCCCGCGCUGUUGGAAAACCUUCCUCGUGAAGACCAAACAAACGGAGAGGGAGCGGCCAUUGGCGGUCCGACGCCAGAUUUUGACUGCCCGGUGUGUCUUCUGCGUUCCCUCGUCUUCCGCAGCUGCCGAGUCUCCUGACAGACCACUCGCCUGACACGCCGCGGCGUCCACCUGAAACAUCGCUGGGCCGCCAUCAUGCUUGCUACAUAGCGGAGGAGCAGCCGGUCAUUGUUCCUAAAGGCUCAGGUCAGACAAAUUAGAACUUUUUUGCUUUCACGCCGCGUUCCAGACUGCUAAGAAGUAGGACAUUUCAUGUAGCACUUGAGUGAAGCGAAUAUUUAUAUUGUUAAGUCAGGAGAUUUUAAAAAAAUGUCGCUAGCCAUGAUACAUCUUGUCACAUGGGAGAGAUAACGGUUCCAGAACAACCUGUUAUAGGUGAAGAUCUGUGAUGUAGAAUUUUGGCUUCAGUUUCCCAUGUUGGCCCCUUUUUCAAAAUUGAGUUGUACGAGAGAGUGCCUGCUUACAACACUUGGAGAAUCACCGGCCCGGUAAAUCUAUUGAGCACUUAAGACGAGAAACAAUAUCGAAAUUGCAUUUUGCAUCGCACUGUAUAUAAGCCAAAAGUCCAAGUUUUCUACAAUGCAAGCAUCUCAAAAUUACACUCAGUGGUCAUUACGCCACGUUUGGAACUAGUUUAUCUGAACUGAGCCUACAAAUAGUUCAUUCAUGGAAGGAUCAACACAUUUUCCGCUAAUAAGUGUGUGUGGGGGAAGGACAUGGGGGGGGCAGGGGCGGGGCAAUCAGAUGUUGACCCAUAUACACGCGGCGAUGUGUUCAGGUGCGCCUCGAAUCUGUGUUGCGUCAUCCUAUUCCUCCCAAGUAGCCACUGAUGCUGUGUACCCGAGUGUUCAUACUUUCCUGUGUGUGUGUGUGUUACAAAUGAGCAUUGACACUUAAGAAAAGGUUCAUCAACUAUUAUUAGACAACCCGAAGGACAAUCACAAAGAUUAAUUGUUGGGAUGAUCCAUUUGGACGACUGUAUUGGAGAUUAUUGUUCCAUGUGUGGCUUUUUGAUUCUAAAUUUUCACAUCUCGGAAAGUAUUAGUAUCUUGUACACACAGCGUCCCAUUAGACACACAAACAAACACUUUACCUGUCAAUGUCACUCCUCUCAGUCAAUUGCUCCACAUUGCCCAACAUGAGCCUUAAUAAAACAUUCUGUAAAUCAAAAUGUGAUAAUGGAGGGGAAAAAAAAAAACAUGGUCUCGAAAAAGGAAGCGUGUUUCUGUAGCUGUCCAAAUUUUAAGUCCUUCAGUUCAUUUGCGAGGAUUUGUUUUGUUUUCUUCAUAUUUCUGAUCGGGCAUCCGAGCAGGUCAUCAACGCCAAAAUGGGACGCUUGAGCACGAUGGACAAUGAGCGAUGAUGAACAAGUUAGUAGAGAGACGUCUUUUAAUAUUAUUAUUAUUAUUAUUGUAUGUGUUUUCAAAAAUGAAAUGACAACAUGGCAAUUUGAAAUGAAGUUUGUGAAUAAAUUAUUGAGAAUUAUUUUACAAUGAA